AUGGCGAUGAUUGGUGCGUUGGUUGGUGCUAAAGUUGAUAAUUAUUGGAUUUGUACACUGUGUGACAAGAAGUAUGAACAUAAGUCGAAGUAUUGCCGGCACUUGGAAUCCUUCUCGCAUAAACGCCUUGCAAGUCUUCAUUCUCUUGAAGAUGAGGGUCAGUCGGAUCUGGAUGAUGAUGAAGAGAUCUUGGAACAGAGACAUGAAGAUGAGUUUAAUGAUGAAGAUGAUCAUGUUAUUUUGUCAGAAAGUGAUAAUGAUGACAUAUUUGAUUUGGACAAGGAUAGCUGUUGUAAUGAUGUCGAUAAAUAUCCUCAAUCUGAUAGUUAUGAAAGUGACAUAUCAGAUGAAGACAUUCAAAUGAUUAUUGAUCAGAUCGAUGAAAAUAACACUGGUGAUUAUUACCCAUUUCCAUCUGAAAUCUAUGCUCUUUUAUAUAUGCUGGUGCAUUCGCCACGACCUUUUGGCGAAAGUAAUUUGAAAUUCAUUCUGUAUGUGUGUAAAAAGUUGAACCCAUUCCUUCCUAGUCUUGAUGAUCUCAAAAAGUUUUCUCUUCCUGGGUUUGUUCCGCCAUCUAAGCAUUGCUCUGUAAAUGGUAUUGAUUUUUAUGUUAAUUUACCAUCUACUUUUAUCAGAAACUGUUUUGCAAAUCCUGUUAUAGCCAGUAAAAUUAUCCGUCAUCCUGUUAAGGCAAAAGAAUAUAUAAAGGAAAUUUAUUAUGCUAAAAAGUGGCAUAACGAUUUUCACUGUCCCAUGAUAAUGAGCCCCAUAGGGCACGUGUUUGAGAAUGAUUUUAUUAAAUUUUCCCACUCUGUAAGUGGAGAAACAUUGGGUAAAGUUUUGAAAUUUUAUGACAAGGAAGGAGAAGAUGGCACGUUUAUGACUGUUGAAUUAUUAUUGAAAAUUGAACAAGUAUGGAUAUUUUUUCCAGGCUUUACUCUUCUGAAUGAACCUGAUUCUGAUGUAUACUUCAUAUGUCAACAAUGCGAAGUGAAUUCUGGGAAUAUUGUAAGUCUUGCAUCACCUCCACUACCUACAAAUUUGUUGAAGCUGACUUUACCUUCAACUUCAAGUAGAAUUUUAAAUUUGAGUCAUGAGGAGUAUGUAAACUUUGUAGAGGAGCAUCCACUUAAGGUUAGAGCAGCAGGGCUUCCAGUUGUUGUAGCACCAGUUUAUAUUUACUCUGAUGAUACCAGUGGGAAUCGCUCCAAAAAAUGGAACAAAUUUGACAUUUGGUGCAUCUCAUUGGCAUGCCUACCUCUAGAUUCUUCUCAUGAUAUCAGUAACAUUUAUUUUAUGUGUUGUUCUAACAGAUGUGAUGCUCUUCAAAUGGCGGGUCCUGUUGCAGCUGAUUUAUGCCGCCUUGAGUUAGGAAUUCAAGUUCAUGACUCUUUUUUGCAUACAGAUAUCUUAGUCAUUGCACCUGUUAUUGGUCUGUUGUGUGAUAAUGCGAUGUCUUCAACUCUUUUAAAUCAUUUGGGUAGUACAUCAAUAAAGCUAUGUAGACUGUGCACAACUUCAGAUGGUGCUGAAGUGGGAGAACCUAGAACAAAAAAGUUGGCUAUGGAAUGUAUUGAAAAUAUAACAUCUGAAAAAACUUUGGAAGGAAAGAAAAGACUAAGAAAGCUCUAUGGUUUAAAGGAAGGACCUAACCCACUUUUUAACCUCAACAUUGAUUUAUAUCAGUCAACUCCAAUUGAGGCUCUACAUACUAUUUUGCUUGGAACCAGUAAAUAUAUGGUUCGGGAAUUUAUGAAUAAGAGAUCGCCUAAGGAGAAAACAGAAAUAGUGGCUAGGAUAAAAGCAUUCUCAUAUUCUGGUUUUACGUCUAGAGUUUCAAGCAAUAUUAAGUACUUCAAAUCUUUUGUGGGUCGAGAUUUUAAAUCGUUAAUGCAAAUGGCACUCCACAUUUUCCAACCUUACUUAUCAAGCAAUGAAUUGAAAUGCUGGAUUUCACUUUCUAAAGUUUUUAGGCUAGCUUAUUGUGUCCGUUUUCAAAUGAAUGAUGCACAGCUGUGGAAAGAUAUCUGUUGUGACUUUGUCCAGUGUGCUGUAAGCUAUAUGCCAGCUUAUGCUAAAAGACUCAAGACUCAUUUAAUACUUCAUCUUGUUGACCAUAUUGUGGAUUUUGGCCCUACUCAAGGCUAUAAUACUGAAAGGUUUGAGUCCUUCAAUUCUCUAGUCAGAUCAGCAAAUAUAUAUGGGAACCGCCACUCUCCUAGCAAAGACAUUGCAUUUCGAUUUGCUACGAUUCAACAUUUAAGAUUUCUUUGUAGUGGUGGGCAUGUAGACGGAAAACAAUGUGGGGAGCACUUACGUGGGUUAUUCUCUUCACCUAUUGUGCAACAUUUUCUGUGUGGAAUUCCAUUCAGUGAGCUGCUUAAGGAAAAUUUAAUAUAUCAACCUGGCUGUUUGAGAAAGCUGAGUCAUGGAACAACAACUUGUAAAUUGUGUGAUGUUUCUACACAUGCAUACUAUGACAAAAAUGGUACUCUGUUGAGGGAUGUGUUAAGAAUUUGUCAACUACAUAAUUUACCUGAAAGUGCAUCAUUACUUUCUCCUUUUUUAAAGUACAAUGCAGUAGUAAGUGCCAAUGGAAUACUUGUAAAUGUGGGAGAUUUUAUAAAAGUCUCAUCUACUUCUACUAAGAUAACUACUGGAAUUAUACUUGCUUGUGGAAUAUUGGAUAAGAAAUUUGAAAUCUGCAUUGUCAGGGAAUUGGAGCCACAGAUCGACAUUAGUAAUGGAAGUCCUCUCGUAACUGAGUUUGAUUGUCCAAUUCUGUUCUUAACAAAUAAUAUAUUUGUUGUGUCACCAUUGUGUAUACAUUCUCCAAUAUCUGUUUCUCAUAUUUGCUUGCAUACUUGCCUUUUAUCUUCUGAUUCUUUAAAUUUUAUACAUGAUUUUUCUAACUCUUUAUUUUGUUAUAAUAUUUACUGCAUCUCUAAUAAUUAA